AAACUUGGCUGCAGAGCAGCGCGCCGGAGGUGGUGGGGGAGGCUUGCACUCCCGCUCCCGCAAUGCACAGCGCGCCCACCCAUGGUCGUAUGAGGAGGCGUUUCUUUCUCACGUGACGAGUGCGUCACUUCCGUAAACACUCUAGGAGACCGGGGAAACGGGAAGCUGCCCAGGCUUUGCCAGUGUAUCUUGAAAAUCAAGAUUUACUCUUUUGGAUAAAGAGUACCUGCAGUUGCUGCUGAUCUGUGACUAGACUCUUAUACAAUACGCCUGAGCAUCACUACAGCUCUUUAUAAUAAAUAACUCAUUUGCCCCUUUCAAUGGAUAUUUAACUAUAUUAUUCCUUCCAUAAGAUAAGAAAUUAGUCUGAGCGCAAUAGUGAACCAGUGGAAAUGGAAGAAAGGAAAAUCAAGAGGAGGAGCCCCAAAUCAUCCAGUAGUCACCCAACUCAGGUUGCUAAUGCCAAGAAAAAUUCUGUGCCGGUCAGUAGAAGUACAGCAUUUUCAAAUCCUGCACCACAAGCAAAUUCACAAAGACCAAAGUUAAAAAGAGGAAUAAAAGAAAAAGCCAAACCUCCAGGAGGGGAAGGAAAAGGGGCACAGGCAGCUCCAAUACAGCACUCUUUUCUCACAGAUGUAUCAGACGUUCAAGAGAUGGAGAGGGGACUUCUGAGCCUUUUAAAUGAUUUCCACUCUGGCAAACUUCAAGCAUUCGGACAUGAGUGUUCCAUAGAACAGAUGGAACAUGUGCGGGGGAUGCAGGAGAAGCUAGCUCGCUUGAAUUUGGAACUCUAUGGGGAGCUGGAAGAACUUCCUGAAGAUAAAAGAAAACUUGCAAGUGACUCCAAUUUGGAUAGGCUGCUAUCAGAUCUGGAAGAACUGAAUUCUUCUAUACAAAAACUUCAUUUAGCAGAUGCACAAGAUAUCCCAAAUACCUCCACCAGCUAAAAGUGUAGAUUUUUUUGAUUUAGAGAUCUCUCCAGAAGUCAUGUCUUUUUAGUUUUCCAAUGGAAUCUAGAUUCUUACUCAUUUUCCACAACAAAGAAUUAAGGUCCAAAUGCAAGUGAUUAUUUUCACACAUUCCUGUGAGCAGAUUUGAGCACUGCGAAAUAUCAGGGUUGGAAUCUAUUUGAUCUAACUGCAAUGGUGUGCUGCUAUGCUUGUUUUAAUGCCUUAUUUAAUAUAAAGUGUUUGGGGAAAACUUGAAAGUACAUUCUCAGUGUUGGAUUUAUAUAUGUACAUAUAAUAUGUUCACUAACAUUACUCCAAUUUUGACAACGCUAGCAGUGAAGUUUUUUGUAGCUGCCUUCCUGUCUAGUAUGUAGACAAUCUGCACACUCUUUAGUGUGUUUUGUUUACCAUUAAAUUAUGCCAUACACUAUGUUA